CCAGUAGGACAUUCACGAUCCGGGUAGCACUGCAGAGUGAUCACCAUGUCUGUUCGCUUUUCUUCCGCAUCCAGACGGCUGGGCUCUGCGAGGCUCUCCAGCCCAGGAGCAGCCUUGGGGGCUGGAAAUGCAUGUGGAGUGCCCGGCAUUGGAAGCGGCUUCUCCUGCGCCUUUGGGGGCAGUUCAUUGGCAGGGGGGCUCGGUAUGGGCGGUGCUUCCUGUGGGGCCUUCACUGUGAAUGAGCAUGGCCUCCUGUCAGGCAAUGAGAAGGUGACCAUGCAGAACCUCAAUGACCGCCUGGCCUCCUACCUGGAGAAUGUGCAAGCACUGGAGGAAGCCAACGCUGACCUGGAGCAGAAGAUCAAGGACUGGUAUGAGAAAUUUGGACCUGGGUCGUGCCGCGGUCUCGAUCAUGACUACAGUAGAUACUUCCCCAUCAUUGAUGACCUCAGGACCCAGAUAAUCUCUGCAACUGCACACAACGCCAACAUCGUUCUGCAGAAUGACAACGCGAGACUGACCGCGGAUGACUUCAGAAUGAAGUACGAGAAUGAACUGGCGCUCCACCAGAGCGUCGAUGCAGACAUCAACGGCUUGCGGAGGGUCCUGGACGAGCUGACCCUGUGCAGAACCGACCUUGAGGUCCAGCUGGAAACACUCAGUGAGGAACUGGCAUACCUCAAGAAGAACCACGAGGAGGAAAUGCAGGCUCUGCAGUGCGCAGCCGGAGGCAACGUGAACGUGGAGAUGAACGCAGCCCCGGGCGUGGACCUCACCGUCCUGCUGAACAACAUGAGAGCCGAGUAUGAGGCUCUGGCUGAACAGAACCGCAGGGACGCUGAGGCCUGGUUCCAAGAGAAGAGCGCUUCCCUGCAGCAGCAGAUUUCAGACGACGCUGGAGCCACCACCUCAGCCAGGAACGAGCUUACUGAGAUGAAACGGACUCUCCAAACCCUAGAGAUAGAGCUACAGUCCCUCUUAGCCAUGAAACACUCUCUGGAGUGCUCCCUGACGGAGACCGAGGGCAACUACUGCACACAGCUGGCUCAGAUCCAGGCUCAGAUCAGCGCCCUGGAGGAGCAGCUGCACCAGGUGAGGACGGAGACCGAGGGCCAGAAGCUGGAAUAUGAGCAGCUGCUGAACGUCAAAGCCCACCUGGAGAAGGAGAUCGAGACCUACUGCCGCCUCAUAGACGGAGACGAGGGCUCUUGUGUUAAGUCAAAAGGCCAAGGAGGACCCGGAAAUCAGGCAAAGGAUACGUCUAAAACUGCCAUCGUUAAAACUGUCGUUGAAGAAUUAGAUCCCCGUGGCAAGGUUCUCUCCUCCCGAGUUCACACCCUGGAAGAGAAGUCCACCAAAGUGAACAAGAACGAGCAGAGGAUCCCUUCUUGAACACCGCCCCCAAAACAGACAGCUCUGAUUUCAAAUACCAAACCUAAAUGCUUUUCCUACACGGGGUCCUCUUACGUUUCUGCCUCUCUCCAGUGAGCAAAGAUGAGCUCCUUUUAGAUUAGUGACAUUCUUUGGCUUUCUCUCUGGUGGUGUUUCAAUAAACGUCUUCCUGUUGCAAGUUA